AGGCGGGACCGCGAGGCGCCCCACCCCCGUGAGCCGUGCUCGGUGCAGCCCAGCUCGGAACGGCCCCUGCGGAUCAGACAGCUGUGCCCAGCUGCCCCAGGGAUGGAGUCCCUCCCUGAAGCAGUGCUGGUCCGGAUCCUGGCCUCCCUCCCUGCCGUGGAGCUGGUGCUGGUGUGCCGCCUGGUCUGCUGCCAGUGGAGGAACCUGGUGGAUGGAGCUGCCCUGUGGGUCCUCAAGUGUCAGCAGGAAGGCCUCACCAGAGCAGAGUCAGAUGUGGAGAACUGGCAAAGCUUCUACUUCCUCAGUAAGAAAAGGAGGAAUCUCAUCAAGAACCCAUGUGGUGAAGAAGGCUUGGAGCACUGGGGAGAGGUAGAGAAUGGAGGUGAUGGCUGGAAAAUUGAAGAGCUCCCAGGGGACUUUGGAAAAGAAUUUCCUAGUGAAGAAGUCCAUAAAUACUUUGUCACAUCUUAUGAGUGGUGUCGAAAGGCUCAGGUCAUUGACCUGAGGGCUGAGGGCUACUGGGAAGAGCUGAUGGAUACAAGCCAGCCUAAAAUCAUGGUAAGAGACUGGUAUGCAGGACGUAGUGAUGCUGGCUGCCUCUAUGAGCUGUGUGUGAAGCUGCUCUCUGAGGAUGAGGACGUGCUGGCUGAGUACAAAAGUGACACUGUCACCAUCCCAGAGGGAAAUGAUGGCAGCUGGACUGAGAUCUCUCACACGUUCUGCAGCUACGGGCCCGGGGUGCGCUUUGUGCGCUUUGAGCACGGCGGGCAGGACACGCUGUUCUGGCAGGGCUGGUACGGCGCCCGCGUCACCGGCAGCAGCGUGACCCUGGAGCCAUAGCCCUGCUCAGCAGGACCUGCAUGCUGCAGCUCACCUCCCUCAGGGCAUCCAUCCCCCAGCCUCUGGAUGGUUUCUGCGCGGUGCUGCUGCUGGCUGUAGAGCAUUUGGCCUUCCUGCGUAGGAAUGUGUGUGCAAGGCGCCAGGAGCCACCAGCUCAAGAGGACCGUGCAAAAAUGUGAAUGAAUUUGGGAAUGCACCUCGCCAUGUGCACUGGUGUUCUCUGUCAGACAGGAGAUCACCUGAAAACCCUGCAGAUCUCUGUUAGUCUCUAAUGCCUAGCACCCAGCCUGAGUCAUCUCUCCUACCUGCUCCCCUGACUUGGGCACUCCUUAACUUGAAGGGAUUCCUUAAGUAUAUUUCCUGGAAGUUAGAGUGGGAAGAAAAGAAUAAAGAAAACCACAGACCCUGUGUCUCAAAACAUAUCAGGGAAACCCAGAGCCUAAUUCUCAGCUGUUUCCAUGACCUGCAGUGAGAACCUUGGCUUCUUGCAUUUAUAAAAUGAUAACAUUGUUUACCACAGAGGGGCUCUAGCUUGGCUGUCUACACUAAUAGUUUAAUUUUUAGUGAUAAUGCAAAGCAAGAGAGGUUGAAUCCUUUUCUCCUUUACACUGUUCCAUUUAUCAAGGGAAGUGUUGGAAAGAGAAACAUGUCUGAUGUCCAGCCCUGGGGCUUCAUUUGGCUCCCUCAGAGAGAUGGCAUCUGAGAGUAAUUGCUGGUGGACAGAGAAAGAGAUUACAACAAUUUAGAGUACUGAGUUAGAAAAAAUUUGAAAUAGGGUCCAGAAACAAAUGAAAAUAAACUCAUUUAGCCCUUCCUGGUCA